ACAAGGGAAAAUCCGUUGAAAACCAUUCUUGAAAUUAUGACUAGGUAUUUCCUGGAGGAGACCAUCAGCCUCCAAGGUACUAGAAGUCCAGCCGUUCCACAGAACAAGAACUCUCAGCUUAGAGGUUCAGAGACCACUGUACUCAAGAGUUCCGUCUCCGAUGGAAACAACGGUCUUCAAACGGUGCCUCAAACAAACCAGACUGAGCACUACAGCUGUGAGAUUGAUGAGGAGACGGCCGGCCCGACCUUCCUCUCCUGGAGACCUCCAGUGGAGAACGAGAAAGGCAAGGCCAGGCAGGCGUUUGAGAGUUCACCAGCCGAAGGAGAGAAAAGGCUUCAAAGCAGCAGAGAGGAGCUAAGGAUUCCGGACCUGUCUUCGGAGGCCAGGACGGCCAUGAGAGAGAAACUCCGGACCAAGCCCGGCCUCAUCAUCCGGGGCAUGAUGGCUGGGCCGACGGCCAGUUUCCAAGAGGAUUCUUUGAAAAGAAGGCAUCUGAAACGACCCUCUGGAAUCAGUAACACAGCCCAGCUCCGAGAGGAAGACAAUGCAAAGAGCUCUCUUGGCCUGCCGAGUGAGGAUCUCCAGGAGACCAAAGGAUCUGCCAGACAAUCCUCGAGUCUCCGCUCUUUACACUCUGGCGCUUCUCUGGAUGUAGAGAAGGAGCAUUCCUCCAAGAUGGUGUUCGGUCCCCACGCCGGCAGGACGGACGGGAAAGUCGAAACCUCCGUCCAGGAUGAAAACAACCUGCUCGGAAGGUGGACGUCAGGCAGACCCCAAGAUGAAGUCCGAAAAUCUGCAUCCAGUCGCGAUGUGGAGGCGAACGAGAAAAGCUACCGGCUCAACUGUUUCCAGAGGCCCCUGGGAGACAGAAGUGAGAAAAAAGCGAUGUCGCUCAGAAAGAGCGAAACUCGGUUUUCGGACAACAGAAAGACUCCGACGUCCAUUUCCAGUCAAGGCACCUUGGGCGACGAUGCAUUAGAAUUAGUUGACGUCGAAGACGAAGGACCCGCUGUGGAGGUGUGCAAGACCCUGGAUUCCUCCACGCUGUUUGUGCUCCAAGUGAAACCAAAGCCCAUUGACUUCUGCCUGGCAAGGGACCUGAAAAUCCUUUUGUUCGGCUCCAGCCUUGGCUGCUUCAGUGAGGAGUGGAAGAUCCAGAGCUUCGCGUUCAGCGAUGUCCCGGAACUGAAGUAUGGCAUCGUGCAGAAAAAGGGGGGACCUUGCGGAGUGCUGGCAGCUGUCCAGGGCUGUGUCCUGCGGCAUCUUAUCUUCGGAGACAGUAGCGAGAACAGUGGCGAUCCUUGGGACCUUCGGCCUUCGGAAGCCCGCAGGAGUGAAUGCCUCGCUUUGGCUCUCGCCGAUAUUUUAUGGCGCGCCGGUGGCAGCGAGAAAGCCACGGUGGCCUUGUGCACUGGAACACAGCAGUUCACCCCUGCAGGAAAAUACAAAGCAGACGGGAUCCUCGAAACGGUCAUGCUGCACGUAAUCACAAAAUACGAAGACCUGCUGAGCUUUCUGCAACAGAACAUUUACAAGUUUGAAGCUGGCCCAUACGGGGGUGUCCUUCUGACUCUGUCGGCGAUAUUAUCACGAUCCAUCCAUCAAGUUCGGAGAGAUUUUGAUGUGAGCACGAACCAGUUGAUUGGUGCACAUGGAUACUGUACACAGGAGCUGGUAAACCUACUGCUGACGGGCAAAGCCGUGUCCAAUGUUUUCAACGAUGUCAUCGAGCUGGACUCUGGAAAUGGCAACACCACGGUUUUAAAAGGCGUCUCUGGCCGGAGCGAGGUUGGCUUGCUGUCCCUGUUUGAGCACUACGACGUCUGCCAG